GUCUUUCAUCAAAAGCGGACAAACCCAACAUUUUUCUCGAGCUUCCCUCACAAUUUACAACCUUCAAUCCUUCUUUUAAAAGUUUCGUUGAUCUUUAGCAAAUAUCGGACUGUUCCUCUCUUUCUUCUUUAUUUUACAUUUCACAAGCAAAGCAUACACAAUGGCCGACACUGUUAUCAAACCAGAGGAGUCGGGCAAUGCUGGGUAAGUUGGUUUAUUUACAUCUACCUACUUCACUCAAGGUCUUUCUCUUCAACCAAGCUUCUUACACAUGCGAAAUAUACACAUUAAGAAGGCCGAUAUGAGUCCCUUGAGCUCUGAUGAAAUUCUUACUUCUCAUUCUUCAUCCAGACAUCCCAAUCCGGUGUGAUCCGAGUUAUUACUGAUUGCGCUUGCCCCACUACAGAUCUCUCGAGCUGAAAGACAACACUGUUAUCAUUGUUUUGGGGGCAUCUGGUGAUCUUGCAAAGAAGAAGACUGUAAGGAAACUUGUAUCAACUGCGUCUUUUCUCUCUCUAACAUACAUGAUAAUAGUUCCCAGCUCUUUUCGGUCUCGUAAGUGGUGCAAGAUGCAUCUAACUAAGGAAUUCAGUAUUAAUACCACUACAGUACCGUAACCAGUUCCUUCCAAAAGAUGUCAGAAUCAUUGGAUAUGCGCGAACAAAGAUGGACCACGAGGAAUAUAUUAAGAGAGUCAGAUCAUAUAUCAAGACUCCCACCAAAGAUAUGGAACAGCAACUUCAAGAAUUCUGCGACAUCUGCACAUACAUUUCUGGGCAAUACGAUAAGCCAGAGGGCUUUAUCGAGUUACGAAAACACUGCGAGGGGUUUGAGAAAGGAAGAACAGAAGCCAACAGAAUCUUCUACAUGGCUUUACCUCCGUCUGUUUUCACUACUGUUUCGCAACAAUUGAAAGCAAAUGCCUACCCAGAAACUGGUGUUGCAAGAAUCAUUGUACGAUUUCGAAUCCCCACACUUGAUUGACGAUUGCUAAUAACUCCUAGGUUGAGAAGCCAUUUGGAAAGGAUUUGGGAAGUUCCCGCGAGUUGCAAAAGGCAUUGGAGCCAAACUGGAAGGAAGAUGAGAUUUUCCGUAUUGAUCAUUACCUUGGAAAGGAAAUGGUUAAGAACAUUUUGAUUUUGAGAUUUGGUAACGAAUUUUUUGGUGCUACAUGGAACAGAAAUCACAUUGAUAAUGUUCAAAUUACAUUCAAGGAGCCUUUUGGAACUGAAGGCCGAGGAGGUUAUUUUGAUGAAUUCGGCAUCAUUCGAGAUGUUAUGCAAAACCAUCUUCUACAAGUCCUCACCCUCCUCGCCAUGGAAAGACCAAUUUCAUUCUCUGCUGAGGAUGUUCGAGACGAAAAGGUUAGAGUCCUCCGUGCUAUCCCAGCAAUCGAACCAAAGAAUGUCAUCAUUGGUCAAUAUGGCAAAUCUUUAGAUGGAAACAAGCCUUCUUACAAGGAAGAUGACACAGUACCAAAGGAUUCAAGAUGCCCAACGUUCUGUGCUAUGGUCGCAUAUAUCAAGAACGAGCGAUGGGAUGGUGUACCAUUUAUCAUGAAGGCUGGUAAGGCUCUUAACGAACAAAAGACCGAGAUCAGAAUUCAAUUUAAGGAUGUCACCUCUGGUAUCUUCAAAGAUAUCCCAAGAAACGAGCUUGUCAUGCGCAUUCAACCAAACGAGAGUGUUUAUAUUAAGAUGAACUCCAAGUUGCCAGGUUUGAGCAUGCAAACUGUCGUUACCGAACUCGAUUUAACUUACCGCCGCCGAUUCUCGGAUCUUAAGAUCCCAGAAGCAUACGAAUCUCUCAUUCUUGAUGCUCUUAAGGGUGAUCACUCCAACUUUGUUCGUGAUGAUGAACUUGAUGCAAGUUGGAGAAUUUUCACACCACUCUUACAUUACCUUGAUGACAACAAGGAGAUUAUUCCUAUGGAAUAUCCAUACGGUAAGAAAUUUUGACAUAACCUCUCCUCUACUGACCCAACAUAAAAACUAAUGACAUAAUAGGCUCUCGUGGACCUGCCGUCUUGGAUGACUUCACAUCUUCUUACGGUUAUAAGUUCAGUGACGCAGCUGGUUAUCAAUGGCCAACUACACAAACCGCUCCUAACAAGCUCUGAAAUGGUGGUUAGUGGGCGCUACACGACAAACUAGAUACCUGGUAGGAAGGCAUGAAAUUGAUAGAUAGAUACGAUUAUUCAUGAAGGAUUUCCAUACACAUGUUUGGAUGGUGGUUUUUCUCAUAUUUGUGAUAGCUAAAUGAAAGCUUCUUUUACAAAAUAAAAUAAGAUA